AUGGUGCCCAGGCCAUCACGGGUGCCAUCGGCCUCAAGAUCUGUGAAUCCAUACAUAGUAUGUUUUGUUGUCAUCGCAGUUGUGGCGAUCCUGGCAGUGACCACAGGUCUACUUGUCUACUUUUUAGCUUUUGGGCAAAAAUAUUACUUUUACCGUAGCAGCUUUCAAAUCCUAAAUGUUCAAUACAGUGAUGAGCUAAGUUCACAAGUUAUACAGGAAUAUAGGUCUUUGAGUGGAAAAAUUGAGUCUGAGAUUACUAGAAUAUUCAAAGAGUCAAAUUUAAGAAGACAGUUCAUCAGAGCUCAUGUUGUCGGACUGAGGCAAAGUGGUACUGAUGUGAUAGGAGAUAUUGUCAUGAAAUUUAAAUUCGCCAGGAAUAACAAUGAACCAUCAGUGAAAAGAAUUGAGUCUGUUUUACACCAAAUGCUGAAUAACUCUGGAAACUUGGCAAUGAACACAAUUGACUUAACACAAAUAACUCACCAGGAUACAGAAAAUAUUUUAACUCAAGAAUGUGGGGUCCGUCCAGACCUAAUAUCAUUGUCUGCUGAGAGAAUCAUAGGAGGCACUAAAGCUAAGGAAGGAGACUGGCCAUGGCAAGUCAGUUUACAGUGGAGUAAUCUUCACCACUGCGGAGGUGUCUUGAUCAGUAAAGAGUGGAUCCUGACAGCAGCUCACUGCUUCAGAAGCCGCUCUGAUACUCUUCAAUGGACUGCCACCUUUGGUAUUUCCACAAUAAUUCCUAAACAGAGAAGAGGAAUAAGGACUAUUUUAAUACAUAACGAUUAUACACCUGAAACUCAUGAAAAUGAUAUUGCACUUCUACAACUUGAUAGAGAAGUCACCUUUACCAGAAAUAUCCGUACGGUGUGCCUCCCAGAUGCUAGCCAGAAUAUUCUACCUGGUUCCCCUGCUUAUGUAACAGGAUGGGGAUCUCAAAGAUACAGCGGCAGCCCAGUUCCAGAUCUACAACAAGCACGGGUCAAUAUAAUAAGUAAUAAUGUAUGUAAUGCACCAUCUAGUUAUAAUGGAGCCGUCCUGACUGGAAUGCUAUGUGCUGGACUAUCUCAAGGUGGAGUGGAUGCAUGCCAGGGGGACUCUGGUGGCCCACUAGUACAAGAAGAUGCACGGCAGCUCUGGUUCCUCGUGGGGAUAGUAAGCUGGGGGGAUCAGUGUGCUCUGCCAGAUAAGCCAGGAGUGUAUACUCUGGUGACAGCCUACCGUGAAUGGAUAAACCAACACGCUGGGAUCUAG